GGAUUUCAGGAUCAGAGUCCAGCACAGUCUGGGAUUUCACAGAGGGGAGCGACCUUGGGCGCAUUUCGGGCAGCCAACUCAGGCAGGCUUUUACUUAGGCCACUCCCCUAGGGCGGGUCAGUUAAUCAACUCACCUGUGUAGCAUUCUAUUUAAGUCCAGGUAUGUAAGUUGUUCAUCCUUCUUUACUGCAGCACUGCGUUCUUUGCCGGUUCUCUAUGCUCGAUGUUACUCUUUCAUGAUGUCUUCCCCCCGUUCUUAUCAGAUUGUUGGACCCCCCUUCUUAUGGGGGGGCAUCCGUCUCCUCCUUUACACAGAAGCACCACGUUCUUCGCCGGUUCUCCAUGCUCGCUGUUUUCCUUCUGCGUCAUGAUGUUCUCCCCCUCUUUUUUCGGAUGGUUGGAUCCCCUUCUUACGGGGGACGUCUGUCUCCUAGCGUCUUCUCCUCUCUUUUUGGCUAACAGCUGUUCCGGCUCCCGGCACGUCUUCGGACCCACGGUUCUUGCGUGUCUGCAGCAUUUGGGUUGUCAGUGGCGAUCGAUCGGGAGAAUUAUCAGCCUUAUUGAGUGCCGUGAUCGCCGGAAUGUUUGGUGAGCGGCGUGGGUUAUCUUUCGGCCUCUGUGCUGUGUUUUCUUCCGGGUUCCGUUUCCUGCUCGACGCGGUCAUCGGUGACGUCACGCCCCUAAGGACCCUGGGACUUGCAGUUCUUUUAAAGACACGGUGCGUUUUUUCAAAACCAGGUCCGGUUUCUGCUGUGUGGGCCAUCGUUCAGUGCUGGCUUUGUCGUGGUGGGUCUUUGUUUUGUUUCUUUUCUUUUGGAGCUGUGUACAUUUGCUAGUCUAAUCUGCAUUUGGAUUGGUCAGUUUAUGGACUUGUCUCUUCUGUGAAAGGGAAGGAAUGAGAAGAGAGUUCCUCUGGCCUCAGGUAACUAAAUUAUGCCCCGUUGUUAUGUGUCUGGGCGCCAGAAAAAUGUUUGGUCGCUAAUCCAAAUGUUCAGCUCUAAUGGUCCAUCAACGGCUCAUGUUGUUCUGAGAGAAUUCAGCCGUGGAGAUUAUUACAAAGCUUAUUUCAAGAGUGCGAUAAUAAAUUGUGAUGUUCCAUCAUUUAACAUGGUUUAGUGUUUAAAUAACUUAUAUCACUAGAUAAAUUCCUGGCUGCUCUCUAGCUUCAGUUUCAAGAAUAAAAACUUUGUGUCACAAACCAAUCCUCAGUCUGCCCUGCUUUCAAGCAUAUGACACUCGACUAAGAGUAUCUCCUUUUGAGACUUAUUGUCAUCCGCCUCUAAAUGCAUGAGGCUCAGCCAUUUUAAAUACUAUCAGAAGCUAUGAUCUUUCUUCAAUCUCAAAAUUUCUUCAUUGCGGUUUCCAGGCACCCCUUUGCCGAUUAACUAAGUUAUACGUGCUUUUGUUGUCCACCUAUUUAGAACCGAUGAUGUCAAGUAUGUAACCUCAAAUCUAGCCGAGCUGCCAUCCAUGCUACAUGGGAUGGCGACAUUCCUCUUCUACGUAAUCUCAUUGGACCUUGGUUAUCCUUCUAUUCGCCUGCUCCUCGGUGCCCUUCCUAAGCUGCGUCCCUCCGGAAAUGACUUAAGGUUACUUCUCUCUUACUAUUGGUGCAUAUAUAAAAAAUAUAUUUGGUGAUAUAUUACGUGCAGGUUCCAUAUUAACUGUCGUUCUUGUUGGAAUCUGUGCUAAUGGCUUUUUUAUGGUGCUAUGAAUACACAGAUAGAACCUUCUCUUUAAACUCACUACUUGAUUUCUCUUUUUCAGAGUUGUUCUUGAAAGCACUUUAUUCCCUUUAAUCUUAAGCAUUCUAAACUACUCAGUUCUAAAUUUUUAAUGUAUUCAUUCCCAUGACUAAUACUGCUUUGUCUAACUAUGCAUCGCUUCCUGAGCCUGUGACCCAUACUCCCCAGUCAGCAAUUCAGUUUCUGGAGGAUGAUGUCAAACCCCUCGACAAAGUCGGAAGGUUUCCAAGUUCCACAGUCUCUGCUCGUCCUGCAGCUCCCCUGCAGAUUGUUGCCCCUUCACCUUGAUCUGGAUCUGCAACGACGACUGCAGUCCACGUACCUACGCUGCACUGAAGUGAUGGGAUGGAAGUACAGGAGCUUCUAGCCCAACCAGUUGAAGUGCCUGAACAUAUUCAAGAGGAAAUGGAGAUAGAUGAACCGCAACCAGUCCCUGUACAUGAAGCUACCACACAGACAGUUAGGCAACCAGGAACUAGUCGCACUGUUAGACUGCAGGUUGAUAUGAGGCCGAAAGGUCCAACGAAAAAAACAAAAGGGUCACAGACAAUGCCUGAAGUUGUGGAAAUCAGCACUCAAACUGAUGAAGAUUUUUGCCCAUUGUGUGACCACAAGCAGCUAUCUAUACAAGUUGAACCAAUCAUUCCUUCAUCACCAGACCUUCCAUCCAGUCAGCCGGAUCCCGUAUCAGCUGAUGAAAGUGACUAUCUUCCAAGUUCUUCACAGACCCCAUCCUCCUCUGACUCUGAAAGAAAUGGACAUGGACAUGUCAACCACAACUGGCUCAUUGCAUGUCUUCAAGCAGAACAAAGAGGCAUCGUGUUGGCUGGAGAUGGUCGCUCAGACAGCCCUGGUCAUUCCGCAAAAUAUGGGACGUACACCAUGUUAGAAUUACCAGCAAAUGUUAUCAUAGACAUGCAACUGAGCAAUGAAGUUGGUGGUGCCUCGCAUAUGGAAAAGGAGGGCUUCAUAAGAUCAGUUAAUUUCUUGGGAACACAACAGGGUCUAGAUAUAGAUGUGAUAAUAACAGACAGGCAUGUCCAGUUAAGGAAAUGGAUCAGAGAGAAUUUGCCAGAUGUUCAACACCUUUUGGACGUUUGGCAUGUUGCGAAGGGUCUCAGAAAAAAACUUGUGGCACUUUCCAAAGAAAAAGACUGCACAGACUUGAAAGAGUGGAUUGACAGCAUAAUCAAUCACCUUUAUUGGUCAGUCAUGUCAACAGAUUCAGCAGAGCCAAACCUAGUUGAAGCCAAGUGGACGUCUAUGCUGAAUCAUAUUGUAAAUAUUCAUACGCACAACAAUGAUUUAUUCCCUAAAUGUGAGCAUAAAAGGCUGAGAGGAAGAGCAGCUAGAAAGAAGUGGUUGAAACCAUGUUCUACCUUGACGGUGAAAUUAGAAAAACUGGCAACAACAACAUACCUCAUCAGAGAUCUAAAACAGGCAUCAAACCGGGAGCAGACAUCCUCUCUGGAGGCGUUCCAUAGCCUCUUGAACCACUACGCUCCGAAAAUGUAUGCCUUUUCUUAUGAGGGCCAGCUUUGCAGAGGACUGUUAGCAGUGAUGCAUUUCAAUGAAAAUAGUGGGCGGACUCAACAAAGUACCAGAUCAGGUGAACUCCAGUAUGCAGUGUCCCUGCCAAAGUGGAAGAAAGGGGGACACACAGUGAGGAAAGUUUUAGAAGAACCUACAUUUGACUAUGUCAAUGAGAUCAUCAAGGAUGUCCUGGACAGACUCGUACACCCCAGAGAAGAUGUGGAUGUCAGAGAUGUGCCUCCUCCAUUGAGUGGUGAAUACCAAAGACCAACCAAAGAAACUGCUGUCUCACAGUUCAAAUCCAGAUACAAGUCCACUUGAAUCAGUCUAAUGCAGGAUACAAAAAUCCAACAUACUGUCCAGUUGGUGCGGAAAAAGUUGACCGUAUUUUAUUCACAGCACAGGAUGGCAGGGUAACACGAACCGCUCUCCCAAGAUGUCCCCAGCACAGCCUCACAAACUGCCUGUAUGCGAUAUAUCGAUAUCUUCUGAAAAUAGAAUAAAGACUUGAUUACAUGUCUGUCAGUGUUUGAAAUAUAUUGACGUAUUUACAUACAAGUGUUUUUAUUGUUGAUGGAAGUAAAUAAAUAUAUCAUAUCCUA